UUUUAUUUUGAGACAUUGUUCUCAGAAAUUUUUUUGGUACAACAAAAAUUUGGUAUGGAAUCACAUGAUCACAUUGAUAUAGCCAAAUUUGGUAUGAAAUGUUAUCAUAGCCCAUUUGUAAAAAAAAAAAACUCAAUGUUUAAGAAUAUUAUAUAAAAAUAAUGACUAUUCUGUUUUAUAUUUGAAACUUUUUUGUCAAACACUUGAUCACAUACAUGUGCUUAUUAAAUAUUUCCCGCCAGUAUCGGGAACAUAGUUAUGUUGUGGGCACUUUUGGAGUACAAUAUUUCAUCGAGAAAAUGAAUUCUCGCCGUCCAUUAAAGAAGCAUGUGAUGUGAUGAUGAAUGAGAGAGAAGAAACAUUGCCGAAAAUGGAUUGACUCCGACGAUGGUAGGGGAAAAAGCAAACAAUUUAAUCAGUCGAGCAGAGAGAAAGGCGGAGAAAUAUCUCUGGCCUUAGAAAGUUGAGCUGAAUCUCCCAAAAAAAGGGAGAGAGAGCAGAAAAUCUCUAUACCAAAUAGGCUGACUACCCACCAUUUGAAGAUGACAUUGGUUUCUCCGUCCAUCUUCUCUUUUCUCCAAAACCACGACGCCCCUCCUCCCUCUUGUGCUGCAGCUAUUUUCCAACCCAAUUACAAUGGUGGCUCCGCCGAGGCUCUCACCCCCUCGUUCGCCCUCCUAUCUCCUCCCUGCCCUAGUCGCUUUAGCCCUUUUCACCCUCUUUUUCCUGUACAAGGUUGAUGACUUCGCAACGAGCAUCAAAACGAUGGCCGGCCACAACUUGGAGCCCACCCCCUGGCACGUUUUCCCGGCCAAGAGCUUCGACGACGAAACCCGUCAGUCUCGAGCUUACAAGAUUAUACAGUGCUCCUACCUCAGCUGUCCUUAUUUCAAUAGAAGCAUCAUCGAACGACCUCAUUUUAGCUCCUCCAAACCCGCUGCUCAGUGCCCAGAAUUUUUCAGCUACAUCCACCGGGAUCUGGCGCCUUGGGAUAAGACCGGGAUAACAGAGAAUCAAGUCAUGGAGGCCAAGAACUUUGCGGCGUUCCGUAUUGUCAUCUUCCAGGGAAGGCUGUAUUUGGAUCCUUACUAUGCUUGCUUCCAAAGUCGAAUGAUGGUGACAAUAUGGGGAUUUGUACAGCUGUUGCGGAAGUACCCUGGCAUGGUUCCUGAUGUUGAUCUCAUGUUUGAUUGCAUGGACAAGCCUAUUCUUAACCGCACUGAACGCCAGUCCAACCCUGUGCCUUUAUUUCGAUAUUGCACUACUCGUGAGCAUUUCGACAUUCCUUUCCCGGAUUGGUCCUUCUGGGGUUGGUCAGAGAUUAAUAUUCGGCCAUGGAGCGAGGAGUUUCCGGACAUAAAAAAGGGCUCUCAAACUAAAAGAUGGCCGAAAAAGCAACCUCGUGCAUUCUGGAAGGGAAAUCCAGACGUUGUUUCCCCUGUUCGUCUAGAGUUGUUGCAAUGCAAUGACUCCAGGAAAUGGGGAGCACAAAUUAUGCGACAGGAUUGGGUGCAAGAGGCAAAAGAAGGUUUCGAGGCCUCCAAACUAUCAAAUCAGUGCAACUAUCGGUACAAGAUCUAUGCAGAAGGCUUUGCUUGGUCCGUGAGUUUGAAAUAUAUCUUAUCUUGUGGUUCCAUGACCCUAAUAAUUUCACCACGGUAUGAGGAUUUCUUUAGUCGCGGCCUCGUUCCCAAGAAAAAUUAUUGGCCAGUAUCUCCUGUCGACUUAUGUAAAUCGAUAAAGUCGGCUGUUGAUUGGGGGAAUACACACCCAUUUGAGGCUCAAGCAAUUGGUCAAGCAGGACAGGACUUCAUGGCGAGCUUGAGUAUGGACAGAAUCUACGACUACAUGUUCCAUCUCAUCACUCAAUAUUCCAAGCUCCAGAUGUUCAAGCCUGUCCCACCUCCCUCUGCGCUUGAGGUGUGUCCAGAUUCUGUCUUGUGCUUUGCUGACGAGAAACAAAAGUUAUUCCUUAAAAAAUCUACAACUUCCCCCUCAUUGGAGCCUCCAUGCAACCUCCCUCCUGUCGACGACAAUGCCAACCAGCGCUGGAUGGACGAGAAGCAAAAAUUGCAGGAGGAAGUUAGGCAAAUGGGGCAACAACCUAAACCAUGAUAGGAAUUUUGGUAGAGCAUGGACCUCUAUUUUGAAUUGUAAAAAUAGAAUGAAUAAGAAAUGUAUGUUUUAAGUAAUUGGUCCUAAGAGAAAAUAUACGUGUGUGGAAUUUAGUAGAUUAGUAAUUAUCUUAGGCUGGUAACCAUUUUUCUCAUUUUUUGUACAAGUGCUCCCAUUCAUUAUGAUAAUAAUCAUUUAGGUUUGCUUAAACACAAUUCAAUAUGUAAAAUUGUUUGUAAUUUUUUAUAGGUAAAUAUUCUUCCAAGCUUAACCUGGUAGCACAAACUUUUUUGUGAUGACUGUUAUAUGACGAUAGGGAUGUAGGAGGGUUUUGUUUUUACAGAGUAUGUGUUGAGCGUUUGGAUUGCAUUCCUUCCUUAAGUGUGUGUAUCCUUGUUUUAGCGAUUAUUGAAGUCCAUAAAUUGGAUUGUUUUUCAGUUACUCCAGUAUUUAGAGGAAAUCAUGUUUAUGUUAAUAUUGAAUUAGAUUGCAUAUAUUGCUUUUCAUUAUACUAAAUUGUGUGUGCACCUCAUUCAAUCAAUAAAAUGAAACUUAUCAAAGCAAAGGACCAUUUAUGUUUUAAACUAUAAGUUCUCUUCAACCAUUCAUGUCCCAUGGGGCCUUACCACGAAAUAAAUUCUCAAUAGCACUCAAAAUACUCUCAUCCUCAACACUAAACAUCAAAUAAUUAAAAUCUGCAAGAAAUUCAGAAUUACAUUGCAACCCAAUCCUAGAUAUUGCAUUUUGCGCAACGUGAAAUGUGCACAUACCAUAAAAAACGAACCUUAUACCAUCAAUUAUUGCAAGAGCUUGAUCAAUGAACAUGAAUUGCAGGUACUUCGUUUUCCAUGCAUGGCAAGAAUGUAUCAAACAACCACUCACACACCGUCUUACUCUCAUUAUAUAAAAGGUCGCCACCAAAGACAUUGAGCUAGUGAUGUUUGUUUUAUCCAACAAAUAAAGUUGUUAUAAAUGCUAAAGAUACAUCAUUAACCUGCCACACUGCUAAGAUAAUUGUACUACACUAGUGAGAUCAUCAUACCACAAUGGUAAGAUCAUAACUCUGUGAUAUGAUAUAAAAGAAUACAUCACAAAAACACAAAAUCAAAACACAUAAAACUCACCAAGUGGGCUAUGCUCGUUUAUUUGUGUUAUGUGUGGUUACAAAACUAAUAGAAUCACAAAAAACUAACUAUUUAUCUGCAUUUUCUCACAAGUUAUAAGCUCAAAAUAUGCUUGCAAUGUUAACUUUAAUAUCAGCAACCACCUCAUAAAGCACCUUUGAUCUACAUUCAUCUAAUGUAAUUCUUCGCAUUAUCUUUCCCAAAACCUACAUUAUUUCAUCCAUCAUAAGCAUUACUGUCUGCAUUAUAUGAUGUUGUAAUACAUGUUAGUAGCUUCAUUGACAUCUAACAACAACUUAAUUUGACCUCAUAUACUCACUCAACAAAGGAGAGAUAUUGCCAUGAUUGUGGUCAUUUCGUCAUUUAUAUACCUUGUAAUAAUUGAACUCUUUGAACCAUCUCAAACAAAUAAAGCAGCAUUGUAAUCCUUCCUUGUGUCAAUCUCCUUGUGUCCUUAGAGUUUUUUUUGUACUCCUUUCCCUUCACUUCACCUAAACAAAGCGAAAAUUAACGAACAAAUACAACCGAAGACGAACUCAAGAAAAACAAAGUGAGUGAUGUCGCCUGUUAUACCUCGGAGAAAUAUGAAAGAACGAGAUCUAACAAAGCAAAAUUAAACAGAGACCGAGUUCCUUGAAUUGAGAAGAUCUUGGCUAAUGUAGAGAUUUGAUAACCCUAAUCGAGACAAUUGAGUGAGAAAGAAUCAAGAGGAAAUCCCGCCCAUAGAGAAACACACCAUUAAAAUAAAAACGAGAGCACAAAAUAAGCGUAGAUUUAAAAU